AUACACAAACAGACAUAAAGAAUUCUUAAUAUUUUUCACAAGAACCGUUUGAGGUAAAAGACCAAGAUGAGUUUCUUUAGUUCGUUGCAAGAGUACGUGAGCAACAGCGUCGCUGGAUUAACUCUAAGUCCCAAGAGAAACGACACUGGCAGCGGUAGUGGCUCUGGAGCAGAGUCACCAACACCAUCUACAGUACGCAGUUCUUCUGGAGACAGCAACACACCGGGGUUUCCAAAAGUUUUGCCGGCCCCGGGUGCCAGUCCACUUGUACAAAGUCGUCGCAGCACGUUGGAUAGUCUCGUACCGGCACCCCCAGUGAGGCGGACAGCGUCUUUCAGACAGAAAUCGCCAAAGGCCACGCCCGACCAUCUAAAACGCACAUUCUGCUGCCGCCGUUUAUCGUGGCCGGAUAUCGAUCAUCAGGUGGUUUCUGGAGUCCAAGAAGUAGACAGCUCGUACUUUGAGAGCUUCACAGCACUCUCCUGGAAGCAGGAGAAUCAACGGCAAGCUAUUAAAAAAAUGGCAGAGAAAGCGGCGAUGGAGGCGCACGUGAUGGAAUCCGAAUUUGGCAUCACGCCCAUUGACUGCUGCCUCUCUCAAACAGAGCGCGAAAAACUCUACAUUGAAAUGUUGUACACGAUUGCCAACACGGUAGGGGCACCAGCGCCUGGGGGACAAUACGCUCAUUACAAGGAGGACCUUUAUUUGUAUGGCCAGCAGGCAUUCGACGUGCCACCUGAUCGACACUAUCGCAUGUUGCACCUGGCAGGAGAGGAAAAGCCGCCUAUCGUUGUGCUCAGCGUUGUGGUCCUGGACGCCGAAGGACUCGAAGCUAAAGACGCAAACGGGUUUAGCGAUCCAUAUUGUAUGUUGGGCAUUCAACCUGUGGCUGCGCCAUCCUCCCCACAGCCGCCCGCGCCCCCAACACUUUCGGCACGAACUCUCUCCGAUGUCUGCGAAACGACAAAUCAAAUCAACUUAGGCAAUCAUGAGAAGCUACGAAAACACCAUAGCUUUAAGCUGAGCUUUAAGAGAAAGGAUGGUAGGGUUCGGGAACAGCGAGAUUCAAUUGGUACCGCUCUCCCGGCCAAAUUUAUCAGAGCAACGUCUGUCAAACCGCACACUCUCAAUCCACGAUGGAAUGAAAAAUUUCGAUUUGAUAUCGAUGAUAUCAAUAAUGAUACCCUACAUCUGGAUAUCUGGGAUCAUGAUGACGAAAGUUCGGUUUUGGAAGCAGUUAGCAAGCUUAACGAAGUCCGCGGGGUUCGUGGCUUGGGCCGAUUCUUCAAACAGGUGUGUCAGUCGGCGCGCCAAAGCUCCCAGGACGACUUCCUCGGCUGCGUAAAUAUCCCAUUACAGGACAUUCCGUCCACUGGCUUGGAGGGUUGGUUUACAUUGGAGGCACGUUCUCAGCGGAGUAGCGUGCAGGGUCGAAUUCGACUUAAAAUGUGGCUUUCAACGAGAGAAAAUCGUGGAUGCGCAGAUGAUGAUAAUUGGACGGAACUGAUGCAGCAUGAAGCAUUAUACGCCGCAUUUGUUGACUACGAGCUGCGAAAUUGGAGCCGCGAGACGUGGACAUGGAGCGGCGACUUGCCAGGACCUGCAUUGACCAUACUACAUCAACACGCAGUGCAGGGUGACUUGAGCGAGCUGCAGACGGCAAUGGCCAGAUUUGUUGGAGCAUCGAGGACGUAUUUGAAAACUUCCUUAGAUCCCAAGUGGAUGUUGCAAUUGCUUACUGAAGUGGAACAUGCAUGGGGUACGAGUAAUCUCACCCGCGAAGAAGAGAUGUGGUUGGCAGAAAGUUUUAAUGCUAUGCUCGAACGAUGGUUGCAUCAGUUGAGGCAUCAUCGGCAAUUGUUUCCUGCAUUACAUGCACCGUCUCUAGCUAGAUUGGAGUACCUACUUAGAUGUUUAGCUCAUCUAUCAACAAUGAAAGCUUUUUGGAAAUGUUGUCCGUUUAACAAGGAAAUUCGAGGUGAAAUUGUUGCGGCAAUUAGAAAAGGUACGCCUGAAUGGUUUGCACUAAUGAAAAACUCCAUCCUCACUCCCAACGAGUACGACGCGUCUUUUAUCGAUUUCUGCUCGGAGAUAUAUUAUCAUCUGCAUCACGGACUCUCGCAUUAUCAUCCGUUGUUUGAGGGCACAAAUGGCAUACCAUACUUCAGUGUUGUGUUCAAACAACUCGACAAACUAAUGUCCGAUGAGGUAGUGGCAUUUCUGAAUCAGCAGGAGUCGUCCGGCGCAGGCUAUAUGAGACUCAUUUUUUCGGUCUAUCUAGAAGUCAAAGAUCUGGCUGCUUUCAAUCAAAACCUGCCCUCGGGUGGUGACCAUAAGUUGUUACUUCCCAAGUGUCACGAAUGGUUUGAACCCUCGGUGAGCUGUUGGUUAGCAUUAUGUAAAGGAAAAGCACUGCAGAGGGUAAGAGCAGCCGUUGAAAUGCAGAAAAUUUGCGACGGCGAGAAAUUAGUUAAACACAACUCGUCGGCCGUAGACGUUGUUGCAAUGUUCUGCCAACUUCGGGACUUCUGGCGGUCCCUUCAAUGGCCUAGGGCACAAUCCAUUCCACUGUUGUCACAGCUUCUAGACUGUAUUUGUUCGGCAGCUUUACUAUACGCGGAUAUUAUUUACCAAGCGCUGACAGAGAGUGGAUAUUUUGAAAAACUCGGCCCAUUCAAAGUGACUGAUGAUAUGUGUAUUGCGGUCAACAAUAUGGAAUAUGUAUUUAAAUUUAUAUCACUUCUAGCUAAUUAUUUCGACUUUCUGACACUGGAAACGGUCGCGAUAGAUAACCAAUUUAUAGUGUUAACUAACCAACUAGAGAAUUGUUUGGGCCAAUUACAACUCAGAAUACUGGAUAUCCUACAGAAAGUGGGACCACUGAUGCAAGAUUCUCUCAAGAAAACCAUGUUCCAUUUAGCGUGGUCUCCCGACUCCUUGCCGAUUAACGAAGCAAUGGAGCCAUUGUUUGAGUAUCUUCACUACCAUUUGCAGGCUUUAAACAUUGCUCUCCUACCACAAAAUUUCCAAAGAGUUUUGCCCGAGGUAUGGGAGUAUUCCUUAGCCGAACUAAAUGUGCAAAUGGACGGCAACACAAGUGGGGAAGAAAUCCCGCCCAAUUUUCAUGAACGCUUGCAUGUUGCACUGGAAAUGAUGGUGUCGUUCUUUCAUGCAGAUGGGCAGGGCCUUUCAAUGGAAGUUCUGCACUCUGAAAAUUAUUAUCACGUUGAGCAACGCCUUCAAUACCAUCGAACAGAUACCGAAACUUUGAUUGAGAAGUUCUACAGUCAACGCCUUCAUGAUCAGCUUACAACUGGAUGCACGCAAUAUGGCGCACUUGCUGUUAGAGCCUACUUCAACCAUGACUCAUUAUGUGUUGAGGUCCUCCAGGCCCGAGAUGUUAUUCCAUUGGAUCCCAACGGAUUCAGCGACCCAUUCGUAAUCAUUGAACUAUUACCCACUCGUGUAUUUCCACAUUGCAACGAGCAACAAACAAACGUUCACAAGAAAACGCUGCAUCCAAUAUUUGAUGAGUGUUUUGAGUUCAGCGUAACGUUAGAGCAAUGUCGUUCGCCUGGCGCAAUGAUUGCGUUCACAGUAAUGGAUCAUGAUGUUUUAACCGCCAACGAUUUUGCGGGGGAAGCUUUUCUCUCUCUGGGGACUAUUCCCGGAGUUGCAGACAACAGCCUGGGAGUGGAUAACUUCCAUGGUUUGAAACCCGUUGAUCUCAUACUGAUGCAACAACAUCAAAGAAAUCAACCAAUACUUCAAAUCUUAGAUUUCAGGACAACCGAUCGAUAUGCACAGGAUUUUGUCCGAAAACAAAAACUACGAUUUGCCAAUUAACUAAUUCGGCAGAAUUAAAAACAAAACGACCAACAAAUGUAUUUCCUACUGCGUGUUGCAUUUUUGCUUCUUUUUCACAACUGUUGUAUAAUUUCCAAAAUUAACGAGCACUAAAUGUUCUUUCUUACUACAUAGCAGCACCUAGGUGAGACAUUUUUAAAUUUCAUUGCUUUUCUAACGAGCAACUAAAGUAUCAAUUACUUAUCGUUGGUUAGCGCGUAAAUCGUGUAAUCGUGUGCUCUUAUAACUGAGAUAACUUUUCUAUGACAAGUCAGUAUGCAUAUAAAAAUAUAUAUAUUUCAAAUAUACUAACAUAUAAAUUUCGUCAUGAAAAGGAUGCUUCAUUUGGACAAAAUCACGAAAAUACUGACAAUCUAAAGGUACGUGCUAAGUGUAUAAUUGUUUUCCAAGAAUAUAAUGUAAUAUUACGUGAAGAUAAUUAUAUUUAUAAUAUAGGAUUAGAUGUUCCCCGCAAAACGAUAACAUUUUACACACUCUAAUUCAUUCGCACCAGACUCAAACAGAAACAUAUCGAAUAACAUAAUGUACUCGGCGCACGCCAAAUGAACUGUAAUCCUAGAUAUCUUAUGACAUCUUUCUACAAUUAUAUUUUAUACUGGUGUACUAUUCUAACAUCCUGUAAAUAUCAAUCAAAAUCGGCAUCCAUCCACAAAACAAAACAAAGUAAAUAUACGUUUUACUUGAUUAUUUUCAACAAAUGCUUCAACUAUGAAAUCAUUCCUCAAAGAGCUUAAUGUACUGAAUGUCAAUUCGAAUCAAAAUAUGUAUUGUAUUCUUAAAUGUGAUAAUCAUAAAUAUUGUUAUUAUACUGCAAAAUCAAUAUAACCUUUACCUAUUCUGUAAGACAGAUAUAAAUCUAAGAAA